AGCAGAAACAGUGGCAGAUAAACAGAUAUAAUAAAAUAAGGAAUAAUAAUACCGAAUAAACUUUCUGCUUAGUCCUAACACUACGCCCAAAUGUUAUUUUUAAAUCCACGCUUUACGCGGCCACGGGGACUGUGUGGGAGAGAUGAGCAGGGAUGAAGGGGGAGGAGGGCCUGAGGCUGGUGACUCUCCAUUCCCACCCAGAACACAUAGAAGAAUGUAUGAAGAUCCUCAAUGACCAGUGGCCCCGCAGCAGGACAAUGAGGAUGAGGUCUCUGAGUACCUCAUGUGACCAGUUCCCAACAUCCCUGCUCCUCCUAAAGACUACCUCACAUGGGGACACGGAGGUGAUAGGCCACUCCAGGCUUAACACUCUGCCAAGGGAACCAGACGCUGCCUGGAUUGAGUCUGUCGUCAUCAGGCAGGACCUGCGAGGGGCUGGGUAUGGACGCCAACUUAUGACUAGAACAGAGGAAUAUGCCAGAAUCAGUGGCUUCAGCACCAUGUACCUGUCAACCCAUGACCAGCAGGUGUUUUAUGGCAAGCUUGGCUACGAGUUCUGUCCUCCUGUGUGUAUCUAUGGAGGAUCAGUCAACAAACACCUCAUACCAAAGCAAUUCAUUCCUCCACAGUUAACAAAAGGAGUCCAGGCACUGUCCCUGAAGAGCAGUGUGGUGGGGAAGGACCAGAAGUGCCAACCAGCCAUGAAACAAGGUGCCCCUCCCCCAGCCAGCCCUGCACCACCAGACCCAGCUGUGCCUCAUCCUCCACCACUUCCUGCAUCCUCAAAAUUAACAAAAGAUCAUAUCACAAAAAUAGAGCCAUCUUCUAUGACAAAAAUGUACAUGAAAAAGGAUUUAUAACAAAGGAUAUACUUAUUAUUAAUGUGGAUAAUGAUUUUUGUAUAAAUUUUUUCUUAAACAAUCCCUCUUAGUUUUCAUGUCUUACACCUAAAAAUUGCCUUUGAACAGGAAAUCAUUAAGCGCUCAGCCAUAAAGUUACCCCACGGCCUUCCUGCCAGCAGCAGUACAAGGAACCACAGAAGUAUGGUGAUGGUGGAACAUGGAAUUCACAGCUAUCAAUGGUAAAUUUCCCUGGCCCUGGUGACAAUAUUUUUUGUCUCAAUGAUAUACAAUGAAAAAAGAUUCAGUCACAAGCUUCCACAUGUUUGAACCAGGUAAAAAAAAAAAAAAAAAAAAAAAAAAAAAAAAAAAAAAAGUUAAUCUUAACUGCAACACAUCAUCAAUUUCAGCAUUACGACUGACUAAAGCUGUAUGAAAUGUGACACACCAUACUGAGUGUAUGGCAAGUGCAUGAACACACUGCUCUCACUUUCAGUACAUUCUCUUUCACACGGCUGCAUGGCUUCACAUUAUUCAUUACUUAUAACAUUUGCAAAUUUGAAUGGUGAAAAUAAAAACAUAUGAAGAACUAAAGAUCAAAUACAAAUAAAUAACAAGAAAUAUUUGAUGGGAACUGCAAAAUUGUGUACCUAGCAUGUGAUGUUUCCUGUACUCUUUCAUAAUUAUGUAACCAGUGCCUUAUAUCAUUUCAAAGCGGAUUUCUACAUUUUCUCUCAUGUACAUAACAACCUGCAUAAUUGUGUAUGAAACUGCAAUUUUAUCCCUCUUUAAAUAUCUAACUUGAUAACCUGCCCUGAUCUAAUCCAGAGUCCAUAUCUCCUUGGCCAUAAAAGAAAACAAUAAAAUACUUAUUUCCUCAU